AUGGGGCACUUGGCGAAUAAUUGUUGGUUAGCUCCUCAACGGAGUGGGAGUGCAAGUGGAAGUAACACACCUAUAUCCAGAGCAAGUAGUGGAGCGAAGCCGAAUGUGCAAGGCAAAGUUUUUACCAUGAAUGGGUCUGAGGCAUCUAAAUCUAAUGAGUUAAUUAGAGAUAAAUGCAUUAUUAACAAUAGAUUAUGUGAUGUUUUGUUUGAUUCUAGUGCCACACACUCUUUUGUUUCUAUGGAUUGUGUGAACUGUGUUGGACUACCAAUAUCUUCUCUGGCAUGUAAUGUCAUUGUGUCCACUCCUACAGCUAAGCCUAUGGCAACCUCUUAUGUAUGCUUAGAUUGUAAGGAGAAAGCUUUAAUCUUUGGUGAUGAUACACCAGGAAACUCUAGACUCCUAAGUAUGGGUGAAACAAGAAACACAGUUGAAACUAAGGCUUUCAUGGUGUUGUUCUCUGCUGAGAUUGAUAAGACUGUGAAAGCCGAGUAUAUUUCAGUAGUGCAAGAUUUUCUAGAAGUUUUUCUAGAGGUUGUAAUAGAAUUGCCACCAGAAAGAGAUUUCAAAUUCACUAUCAAUUUGAUUCUAGGAGCAAGCCCAGUAUCGAUCACACCAUACCGAAUGUUACCAGUGGAACUAGCUAAGGUCUACAAUGUGCAUGUUUCUACUCCUACUGACUUUGGUCAUGCAUGUAUUGGUCAUCUACUUCCUGCUGUUGGACUUUCCUUUGAUGCUCUUCCUCGCCCUCCUCGGUAA